GCCGCCUCCGCCGCGGAAGCCCCGGGUGCAGCCUCGGCUGCACCGGUGCGGGCCCCGGGCUCAGCCGCGCGCUCCCGCGGGGCCCCGGCUGUCCGACCGCACGAUGCGCGCCGCGCGGCCGCUCGCGCCGCUCCUGCCGCUGCUGCUGCUGCUCGCGCUCCUGGCCGCGCCUGCCGCCCGCGCCCGCAGAGCUGAGUCCGCCCCGGCGCGGCAGCCCGAGCCCGAGCGCCGACCGCGGCCGUUGCCCGGCCCGGGGCCCGGGAACGCCACCCGGACGGGGUCUGCGGCGCCGGUGGGCGGCGGCGGCAGCUCCAACAGCAGCGGCGACGCCCUGGUGACCCGUAUCUCCAGCCUGCUCCGCGACCUGCCCACCCUGAAGGCGGCCGUGAUAGUGGCGUGCGCCUUCACCGCGCUGCUAAUCGCCUGCUUGCUGCUGCGCGUCUUCAGGUCGGGAAAGAGGUUGAAGAAGACCCGCAAGUAUGACAUCAUCACUACUCCAGCUGAACGUGUGGAGAUGGCCCCACUGAAUGAGGACGACGACGAUGAUGAGGACUCCACGGUAUUUGACAUCAAAUACAGGUAAAAUCUAUUUCCAGCGUGUUGGCAUCCUCUGGAACAUUGGUCAGCUGCAGCCUGGGGUGUGAAGGAUCUGGAAGCUGUCUCGUCUGAGGUGUUGAAACCAAAACAAACAUUGUUGAUGAAACUUUGACACCCUUGCGUGUGUCGAACGAUGGCUCCGAAUGUUACUGCAGGAGAGUCGCCUCUACCACCCUUUGGAUGCCCCUUUAAAAUGUCACCCUUUUCUCCUCAAGAGGGCUUUUGCCUUGCUAAGGGGCAGGGGUAGAAACAUUUUGACUUAAAAAAACAUAAUUUUAAGGUAACUGUUGAUAAAAGUAAAGAGUAAAGUUCAGAAGUUAACAGGAACCUAAAAAACGCAAAAGCCUGAAGGAUAUUCAACUUAGAAUCUCUGACAUUCUGCUCUCCUGGAUCUAUGACAUUCUAGACAUCUGACCUUUUGGUGGUCUUUUGGGCUUGGUCAGAUUUUGGCCUGCUUCUGGUGAUGGCUGUGCGAAAGUUCAAAGUGGAAAUGUUGAGAGAGCUGGCCAGCCCUAGCGAAGCGUAACUGGUGUUUCUGGCUCCUUUUCUUUCCUUUUUCAAAAAAGGGUUCAGCAGAAUCAGGCAUAGCUAGUUCACAAAGAAUUCUGAGCAUCAGGGAAAAACCUAUACGUGCUCAUAUACAGGUGUGUACGUGUGUGUGUGUACGUACACAUAGAAUCAUUUCUCCUUUUCUCGGGGGAAGAAGCAGUACAAGGCAGCCUUUGGUUAGGAACAUCCUCCUUGUUUCUCUGCCCUGUUCUACACUGUUGCUCUUGGAAAUGUAAUUUUAAAAAAUCACCGUGGUGAUUCAGAUGAAUGGGGAUUGGGUUGGCUGGAAAAGGCACAGUGUCAGGGACUGGGUUUGAAGUUGGGUCUAGGCCAGACUGGACUGGGAACCCUGCGGGACCCAGGAGGUUACCGCAGCAAGGCCCCUCCCACAGGGGUGGGUUGGGGGUCGUGGCUUGUUUCAGAGCUUGCAUUGCCCAGACGUCUGCCAGCUUCCAGAAGCAGGGCUGACUUCUCGGGGUUGAUGGAGACCUCGCAUUUUGCUCUUUCCUGGGGGUUGAGAUUAUCUGCUACAACCAAGCUGCUUCUGCUAAAGCUGUUAGCAGUGCCUUUGGGGCCCCGGGACUCUGUUCUUUCUGGAGCGGGGUUUUGCUUUUCUUUUUCUUCUUUUUCUUUUUUUUAAUCCCCUCUCUUCUUUUCUGGCAUUCUGCAAGGUUUGUGCAUUUGCCUGUGGAUGCCUGCACCGUUGGCUUUGGAUGAAAGCUCUGUAGCCUUUGCUGACUCACCUGUUCUCAGAUUCUUGUUUCCUGAGAAGCGCAGUCGGUGCGGCGGGGUCUGGGCGGGGGGGUCCCCGGGUUCCCGAGGCCCCGGCUGUCGGGAAGGCACACUGGCCUCUGCAGGACGGAGGGGUGCCCAGGGAGAUGGCUCGGGGAGGAGCACACCUGCACAGGCGGUUGUCCCUCCACUCCCUCCAGCUCAUGGGUGGUUUCUCUUUCCCUUCUCUCCUCCGCCCUGUUUGCUCCAGGUGCGGGCCUGCUUUACCUCUCCCCUCCACCGGGGACUCAUGGGCCAGAGUGGUGACUCAGUGGGACCGGCCGCCUGGUACCUGGGCGCCCUCCAAACCCUUGGAACUGGAAUCCUGUGUGUGGGGGGAAAGCUCAGUGCUCC